CUCUGGCGGAUGCCAUGGCAUUUUCUCUUCUCCACUACAUCCUGUCAGCUCAUGGAUCUAUGGAGUCUGGAAAUCAGGACUUUCACCCCUGGAAGGAUUACAUGGGUCUGGCGGACAUGAUCCGAGGCAUGCAGCGGCCAGCAGAGCAGCCAGACGCGGCCGAUGACGCCGCCGCCUCCGCCGCGCUCCCGGAGUCUCCAAGCGGCCCGACGCGUGCGCACGGGACCGUGACGACGGAGAACAGAGACCCGGGACACGGCAAGAGCACCCGCAGCAACCCAUCCGAGAAGAAGUUCUGCAGCUUCUGCAAACACAACGGAGAGUCCGAGACCGUGUUCACCUCACACUACUUGAAAGACCGCGCCGGGGCCGUGACGUGUCCGUACCUGAGCCAGUACGUGUGUCCCCUGUGCGGAGCCACCGGGGCCAAAGCGCACACCAAGAGAUUCUGCCCGCUCGUGGACAAAACCUACAGCUCCGUGUACGCCAAAACAACAUGGGGACCCGGACGUUUCUGACCCGCAGAAGACCUGGCCACGGUAUACGAGAAGGACGUUUUUUACGAGUGGUUUUAAUAUUUAAGUUUUAAGCUUUAAUUGUUCGAUCCAUAAUGGCUUGUGUGUAAGUUUGCAUGCAUGUGUGUUUUUUUGGUGUUUGAUUUUGCA